GCGAUGGCCAUGCCUCCGCCCGCCCGCCCGGUCGGGAGGGGCGGCGAGGUCAGCAAGCAGUCGCCUGCCACGAUGCGAGACAUGCAGCGUCUCGACCAGUACAAGACGGUCAGGAACCUGGGCGAGGGCUCGUUUGGAAAGGUGAAACUGGCCAUCCACCAGCCCAGCGGCCGCCAGGUCGCCCUGAAGAUUAUUCCUCGCCGCAAGCUGCUUUCGCGUGACAUGGUCGGUCGGGUUGAGCGUGAGAUCCAGUACCUGCAGCUGCUACGGCAUCCACACAUCAUCAAAUUGUACACGGUUAUCGCGACAAAAACUGACAUUGUGAUGGUCCUCGAGUAUGCGGAGCGAGAGUUGUUCGACUACCUGGUGAAAAGAGGCAAAUGCAACGAUGACGAGGCACGCAAGUUCUUCCAGCAGAUUAUUUGUGCCGUCGAAUACUGCCAUCGACACAAGAUUGUUCACCGGGAUCUGAAGCCCGAGAACCUGCUCAUCGACAGCGAGAAGAAAGUCAAGAUCGCGGACUUUGGUCUGAGUAACAUCAUGACGGACGGCAACUUCCUGAAGACCAGUUGCGGCAGUCCGAACUACGCGGCCCCCGAGGUCAUCUCGGGCAAGCUGUAUGCCGGCCCGGAGGUGGACGUGUGGAGCUGUGGUGUCAUUCUCUACGUGCUGCUGGUUGGCAGGCUGCCCUUUGACGAUGACUAUAUCCCCGCGCUUUUCCGCAAGAUCGCGGCCGGCAACUUCCACAUGCCCUCGUAUAUCUCCUCGGGCGCUGCCCGCUUGAUCAAGUCAAUGCUGCAGGUGCACCCUGUCCACCGCAUCACCAUCCCCGAGAUCCGCCAAGACCCGUGGUUCCUUAAGGAUCUGCCCAAGUACUUGCAGCCGCCGCCUGAAGAGUUCAUCGCCACGGGGGUGGAUCCCAGCAAGGCGAUCGACCCGCGAAAGCUUGCCCCUGGCAAACCGACGGCCGUGCAGAAGAAGAUCCACCAUGUGGCCGUGUCCAAGCUGGAACGCAGUAUGGGCUACGGCCGCGACGAUAUCGAAGAUGCCCUGCGGAACCCCGAGCCAAGCGCCAUCAAAGAUGCCUUCUUAAUCGUUGCGGAGAAUGAGGUGAUGCAGAUGAACUCGCCCACGGAAGACAACAUUCUCACCGGCGCAGCUUCUCCCUCUCCACCCUUGCAAAACCCGAUAUCUUCUCCCAAGUCCAAAGGGCCGGCAAAGACUCCCGUCUCUUCCCCGACGACCGCCGCCCCUACCGCUCCUACCCGAUCACGAGGCAUGGUGCAGCAACAAGAUGAUUCGGAGGAUCCAGACAAUGACCGGGUGAGCCACGUGCGGAUUCUGCCCACGAGUCUGCCCUAUGUCCAUGCCCAGAUCAUGGAACAGCGCGACCGGGAACUGAGGCUCCGUGCGGCGGGCAGAGGGCAGGAUGGCUUGUCCCCCCUGGAGCUGACGGCCGACGAAGAAAAGGCGGCUGCAAACAAAGAACGCUCACUGGAAGAACAGGCGGCCACCGCCCGAGCUUUGAAGCCGCACAGUCGCAGCGUGGUGCAACUCGACAAGCUCCACUACGAACCGCCUGCUCAUUCUCACGCGCCGCCGCACCAACCGAAGAAAACGCGUAAAUGGCAGUUUGGGAUCCGGUCGCGCAAUCAGCCGUACGAGGCAAUGCUGUACCUUUACAAGGCCAUCGUUGCGCAGGGUGGGGUGUGGGAAAUCCAACCCAUCGAUGCAGAUGGCAAUCCGGUCGACGUGGACCCUCCGCCGGACAAGCAACCACCGCUGCAGGGCAAGUACCCCGAUCUCCCUGCAGAUUACUAUAUUCCCAAAGAGCCAUGGUUCAUCCGUGCUCGUCUGUUGAAAGAAGGCGUCAUGGCUCCCAAGGACGCAGCCAACAUGAGCCACAGCCGUAGCGAUUUAGAGGAACUGCGCCGGCGGUUCCAGACCAGUGGAAUGGACGAGAAAGCCGUUGUUGCGGCGUUAGCGCAGGCCGUGGAGCAGCAGCAGCAGCAGCAGCAACAACAACAACCACACGGGACCUCAUCGGGCUCAUCAUCAGGCCCAUCAUCGGAGCCACGGCACAGCGGCUCGGCCUCGAUCUCGCACGGGGUGUGGGUGUUCAUCGAUAUCCAGCUCUACCAGCUAGAGGAGAACAGCUACAUGGUCGACUUCAAAUGCGACGGGUACCAGAACGUGAACCGGGCCGAGGGCGAUACCGCCUGGCACCCCGUCAGCAAGCGGUACAAGAACAAGGAGAAGGAGGUGACGAGCCCGUAUCCGUACCUGGACGUUGCGUCGGACCUGGUCGCGCAGCUGGCUGUUGCCAGCUAACUGGUACUAUAACCCUAUACUAUGGAUAUAACGGCGCA